AUAUGUAUACGCACAUCGCAAAUCGCAUCGCAUCGUAUCGUAUCGCACAUCGAUGAUAGGUAAUCCACAUCACACAUUAUACAUUAUACAUUAUACAUUAUACAUUAUACAUUAUACAUUAUACAUUAUACAUUAUACAUCACACAUUACACAUUGCACAUGUAUGGAUGCAUUGGUACGUAUGUACCUAUAUGCAGGUACCUACAUAUAUAGCUACAUGCCUCCAUACUACCCUCAUAUUUAUACAUACUACAUACCAUACUACCUUGCCUACCAGCCGAGGUUAAGUUAGGUAGGUUAGGGUAUUAUACUAUACGAGCUAUGAGCCACAAGCUACGGAGCUACGUAUACGAUUCGUAUACUGGCUACGAUCUGGCGAAUAGAUUGAUGCGUACUAUUACGUUGGCAAAUUGGUGCCUACCUCCGUGCACUAUUAUAAGUGACUUUUGACUAAAGAAGCCUUGCUAGCCUACAU